AUUGAGAAAUAAUCUUCAGCAAUAUCAAAAGCCAUGUCUUCUUCUUCAGGGGUAAACCUUGAAAAUUAUCUAAUUCCAUUGGAGGAGAUCAACCGUGCCACCGAAAACUUCAGUCAACAGAGAUGUAUUGGAGGCGGUGGAUUUUGGUGCAGUCUACAAAGGACAACUCUCUGAACGCUGGCAAAACCGCACAGCUGCUAUCAAACGGCUAGGUCAGGAUAGCCACCAAGGAGAACGUGAAUUCCGAAACGAGUUAGAGAUGAUCUCAAAAUUUCACCAUGAAAACAUCAUAUCAUUCAUUGGUUAUUGUGAUGAAGGCAAUGAGAUGAUUAUAGUUUAUGAGUAUGCGAUGAAUGGAAGCCUUGAUCAUCAUCUCCAAGAGCCACAUAAGAUGCGUUGCAUAACAUGGACACAACGCCUCAUGAUUUGCGUAGGGGCUGCAAAAGGACUGAGUUACCUUCACUCGGGUCUUGGGGAGCAUAAUAGAGUAAUACAUAGAGACGUCAAGAGUGCUAACAUUUUGUUAGAUAACAAUUUGGUCGCAAAAGUUUUGUGAUUUUGGCUUGUCAAAAAAUGGUCCAAGAAAUCAGCCUGAUACCCAACUCUAUACACGGGUUGCGGGUACCCAGUUUUACAUGGAUCCUACUUACCAUGAAAGUCGUAUCCUCCGAAAAGAAUCAGAUGUAUAUUCGUUUGGCGUGGUACUCUUUGAAAUCCUAUGUGGGAUGCUGGUCUAUCAUGAAAAGAGAUUUGGAGGUGAUGGCAAACAAUUUCUCAUGACUUCGGUCCGGCGAUACUAUAAGAAGGAACCUCACAAGGUAAUUGAUCCCCAUAUAAUGGAACAAAUUGAUAGUGGUGCUUUUGAUGCAUUCAAAGAAAUUGCAUAUCAGUGCAUUAGUUUCAAUUCGACAGAACGCCCUACGAUGGAAAAGGUAGUUGAGGGGAUUGAAGAAGCACUAACCAUUCAAACCUACAAACGCUCUGCCUGCACCCCUGAAGUACGUUCUUGGAUAGAAAGUGCCAUCCAUAAACUAAAGUCCUCCAGUUCCUAUGAGCAGAGAAUGGGCGCUUAUGAAAUGAACCUCCUUGCAAAAAGAAACAACGAUAACCUAGUCGCCAUUGCCUAUGCCGGUGUAAUCCCUCUGCUCAAAAACCUCCUCACAUCACCGGAUUCCCAGGAACAGGCAGUGACCACUCUUCUUAUCCUCUCAAGUCAUGACGACAACAAAUUCAUCAUAGUGUCUUCCGGGGCUGUUCCCGGGAUCAUACAUGUCCUGCGAGAAGGUAACAUGGCAGCACGGGAGAACGCAGCUGCUACCCUUUUCAGCCUCUCUUUAAUUGAUGAAAACAAGGUAACCAUCGGUUCUGCAGAAGCGAUCCCACCUCUUGUGUUACUGCUGAGUGAAGGUACCCAGAAAGGGAAGAGAGAUGCAACCACUGCGUUAUUUAAUUUAUGCAUGUAUCAGGGUAACACAAUAAGGGCAGUGAGGGCCGGUGUAGUCCCAGUGUUGAUUGACCUUCUUAGGGAACCACAGGGUGUGUUGAAGGAUGAAUUGUUAGCUGUUCUUUUUGUACUCUCAACCCACCCGGAAGGGAUAUUAGCUAUAGGUAAAGCAGAAGCGGUGCCUGUUCUCGUUGAGGUUAUUGGGAGUGGAUCCCUGAAGCUCAAAGAGACUGCGGCUACAGUUUUGGGGAAACUUUGUUUUGGAGAUCAAAAGUAUUUGGUGGAGGCUCAAGAACUUGGAGUUGUUGAGAAAUUGAAGGAUUUGCUAUAUCAUGGUACAGAUAGAGGGAAGAGAAUAGUCGGCCAGUUGCUAGAAAAGAUGACCACAUAAGCAGAGCAACAGAAGC